AUGGCUGCUACCAAAUCCUCACCAUCCGAACCUGCAAGGAGAGCACCGACUCAAGCAACGAGUGAUCCAAGUGUUGCAACCCUAGGACGGAAAGCCAGUCAAAAGGAGGUCCAAAAUCGACGACGGAGCUCGUCAGGCAAACUUCAGAAAUCAUAUCAGUCGUCCAAGAGGACCUCGGAGAAGGUCGAUGCCAUACCUGCCGUUCCUGCCAUUCCCCAGGCGCAUAGGCAAGAUGAGCUCAAUGAGAAGGGCGGCGCCAACAGGUCGAAUCUACAGGCCUCACAUCCUCCUCAGGAACGUGGCGAUAUACCGUCCUAUUACUACCAGAAUCCAAUGUCGGCCACCAGCUUGCAGCCAGAGAAGUUCAGCGUCAUGCAACCACCAACACUAAACGGCAAACGAAGCGCCAAUGAUCAGGGGGGCAUCAUGAGACGGAAAUCCAGCAAGAGGAAGGCAGAUGACCAUGCUCGCGAGCAAGAGAUCAAAGCGAUGAGCUCGCCUAUACCGAUACCAAAACGUCCAACUUCCCAUAACCCCGGCAUGCUCGCUCGGGAUAGCAGGAAGAUCCCUGGAGGCCUGAACCGUAAUCUCGACAGACCAAUAUCAGACGUCUCAUUACCCAUGGCUGAGUCUAUGCAAUCAGCCCUAUCAGUAGCCUCGGAUCAGCACGCUUUCAAGGUCAGCGCUUUCGACGCGCUUUCUCCACGGCCAACCAUACGCUAUUCAGAGAAUCCACGAUCUGCAUCUGGUAGCCUGGGGCCUUCGAGGGCAUCUACCAGGAAGGACAAGCAGCCAAUGAUAUUAGAAGAGGCGACGCGGUCCAAGAAGAGAGUCGAUGAUCUAGCUGACGAUAUGGACGCUGGCAGCAUAAGAGAGCUGAUGGAGAGAGAACAACGGCGUUUGGAAAAGAAGAGGAGGUCAGAGCACGAGAAGCUGCAGCGGAGACUCCAGAGGAGAGCUGACAAGCAAAGGCAGCCUGGAGGCAGAGAGGGAGAUGUUGCUGACGAAAACCCCAAUCACAGGGCAAGGGAAGAGGAGGAUAUUGGUCUUAGCAUUGGAGGAGCCUCUACUGCCCCAAAUCUGGCAACUACGUUGCAAGAGCCUACAAGAGAGCAAGCUGUCAAGACACCUGAGUCAUGGCUCAAAGAUGCUUCGAGGGAACAUCUACCCAUUGAGGAUCCCUUCCAUGACCCAGUCAUGGGAGCUUCAACGUCACACCUUGAAGGCCCUACUCCGGAGCCAGAUGAUCGUGACGAUGUAGUGCUCGAGACCGCCAAAGCUGUUCGGCUAUCUUCCGCUAGCAUGUCACCGCCAACCUCUCCUACACGUCACAUCCAUGAGGCGUCCAACCUAUCGCAAUUUUCGGAGCUGGCGCCAGCAGAUAUGCCCGAUAUACCCGAGCCCCUGGAUCCAGAUCAUCGGCGAGAUUCAGACACCAGCGCACGCUUCUCGACCAGCUGGAGAAACAUAUUCCGCCGCAGUGACACGAGGGCAAAGAGGGGCUCGACCGAUCGAGGACGAGUGGCUCCUUCGGAAUUCUCAAACACCUCGAAAGAAUCAGUACACCGGCAGAUGCCUCCCUCAGCAUUCACAAGGAUACCCCGGGCAAGGUCAGGAACCCCUAUACGUACCCAGUCAAGGUUCAGGGAAGACCUUCCAGAGUUACCCAUCUCGCCACCAGACUCUCGGAUGCAAUCUCCGGAAGUGAGCAGACAGUCUCCGCUUCCAGAUAUCCCAGGGUCUCGAGGUACAGACAUCGUGGGCGCUACUGCAGCCUCUGGUAAACCGUUAUCCGACAUUCAUCCAGCUUUCCGGGAGGAAGUAGCACUGAGCCGACACGCAUCCCUUCGCGGCCGCGCCAACUCCCCAGAAGGUCCAUCAAGCGCAAUUCUCUCUCAGUCACUGGCAUCCGUCGACUCUGAAGGGUCGUGGCUCACUGGCAGACCUGUCAAGAGAUUGUCCCAACCUCAGCCUCUCCGCGAGAGUGGCGGAUCUCUACAUGAACAAUUUCAAGAACUCGGACAAUCCGACGACGAUCUUGCAGGCACUCCAGAAGAAGAGAAGUACAUGGGGACUCUCACCCCAGCUCGAGAUGAAGCACCUCCCGAGAUACCGGAAAGGAGACGGCCAUAUAUGGGCCCUGUGGCUCGUCUUGGUAGUGACAGUGACGAUGAAUCUGUAUUCCAUCCUGCUCCAGCGGCAAUAGCUCAAGAAGAAGGGAAAUGGCAUGGCGCUGUCGGCAAGCACCCUACGAUCGUGCGGCAAGGACCCGGCAAGCGAGCGAAAUCAAGAGAAGGUCUCCUCAAUGACUUCCAGAACGCCGAGGAAUCUGGGGAAUCAUCUCCAUCAGGAGACUCACCCGUGAGCCCUGAGAACCCAUAUUCUUCGAUUCAGCGAGCGACCAGUGUGGAUGUGGGCAAAGGGCACGCUCGGCACAUCAGCGCCGGCAGUGCACGGCUUUUGAACCUGCCGCCGAGGUCGUCUGCGGACAUGAAGAGGCUGUCAGCAUCGUCGGGGGAGCGAAGUCCUCUUGGUGGUCCUUCGGGUAUGCCGUCGCCAAGGCUUGGCUACCCUCCGGAGUCAGAUGUUGACUGA